AUGCCUCUGCCAAAUAUUCUCAAAAAGGCAAGCAGUUACAUUUUAGGCGAUUGUAAUCAAGAUAAUCGUCGUACUAUAUAUCAGGAUGGCGAGGCAUUAUUUUGCAAGAAUAAUGUUUGCGUUCAUCCGCCAACUUUAAUGAGACAAAAUUCUGAUGUCGUACAUCAUCCCGGAUACAUGGCCAUAACCUGUAGAUUUAAUAAAAACUCGAAUGUACCAACUUUGCAUCUCAGUUGGAUUCCAAAUAGUACACUUCGUAAACAUCCGACAACAUUAGAAAAUUUAAGCGUAAAAAAACUUGAUUGUAUUAGCCAUCGAGAUACUGAUAUAAGUUCUCAUCAUUCUCAAAUAUCAGAAGAAAGUUGUGAUCUAAAGUGUGAAUAUGAAAAUAUUGGUGAAAAAGUUGAUGUUUGUUUAGAAGUAAAAGAACCUGUCAAUUGUGGAGAUUGUGAACGAGUUUGUUCUGGUGGUUUUUCACGGAAUGCACAUUUCGAAAAUGAUGAUACAAAAAACAAUGAUAAUUUAUGCGAUCAUCAAGUUAUGCUUACAUCAGAAAUUAAAGAAAUUCCAAAUGUUAAUAUCAAUCGGCAAACAAAUUAUCAUAGAUCUGAUAAUUUAUCAACUACUAUACAUGAAGAAAAUGAUCAUAGUAUUAGUUUAAAUCAAUUACGUUCUGAAUCUCUGAGUUCAAAAUAUGACGAAAAUCCAUAUUGUAAAGAUCAAAAAGUUUUCGAAACGCAUGAAAGCGAUGGAAUAAGUAUUGAUGAAGAAUUGAAAUAUCCUUAUUAUGAUGAUGUAAGUCUCAAAAGUCGUAGUAUGUCAUUAACCUCUACAUGUAGCUUAUCUGUUGGCGUAUCUUCAGAAGCUGAAGAAAUUCCAUCAUGGAUGAGAUCACCUGAACUUUUGGCUUUACAACAUAACCUCACAUUUCCUGAAAGUGCAACCGCUUCACCAGUAACAUUACGUAGAGCACACAGAUGUAGAAGAUUUUCAGUGGAUCUCAGUGAAAUGAGAUCUUUAAGAUUAUUUUUUGCUGAUCCAGCUUGUACUUCUGGUCAAUUGGUUGUUGCAAGUAGAGAGAGCCAAUAUAAAAUUCUACAUUUUCAUCAUGGUGGAUUGGACCGAUUAGCAGCAACAUUACAUCAAUGGCAUCAAUUACUUUAUCCUCGAUUAGAUACUGAUGCUGAGGAAACACUUCCAUAUAGGCAUUUUAUGGUAUGUCGACCAGAGGUUAGUCGUGAUGAAUUACAUCCAGAAGAAGGUCAAGUACCAAUGAUUACAUCAUUAGCUUGGAAAGAUUUAUUAAAUGAAAGAGGUCAAGUUGAAGAUGAUCUUGCUCUUCGUAAAGGAAUAUUUUUUGGUGGAUUAGAACCUGCAUUAAGAAAAAUUGUGUGGCCCUUUCUUCUUCAUUGUUAUUCAUAUCAAAGUACUUACGAAGAUAGAGAACAAAUUGAUGCCAUUCGUAGACAAGAAUAUGAAGAGAUACAAAAACGUAGACUGAGCAUGAAUCCAGAACAAGCAGAGCAUUUUUGGCGAAAUGUAGUGUGUAUUGUAGAGAAAGAUGUAGUUCGUACUGACAGAGGAAAUCCUUAUUAUGCUGGAGAAGAUAAUCCAAAUAUUGAAAUAAUGAAAAAUAUUCUAUUAAAUUAUGCAGUUUAUAAUUCUCGAUUAGGAUACACUCAAGGUAUGUCUGAUUUAUUAGCUCCUUUAUUGGCUGAACUCAAUUCUGAAAUAGAAGCAUUUUGGUGUUUUGCUGGAUUAAUGCAAAGAUCUGUAGCAGUAUGUACUCCUACUGAUAUAGAUAUGGAUAGAAAUUUAUGUUAUUUAAGAGAACUAGUUAGAAUAAUGGUCCCAGACUUUUAUGCACAUCUUCAAAAACAUACGGAUGCUUUGGAACUCCUAUUUUGUCAUAGAUGGAUACUUCUAUGUUUAAAACGUGAAUUUCCUACUGAAGUAGCAUUAGUGAUGUGGGAAGCUUGUUGGGUAAAUUAUUUAACUGACCAUUUUCAUCUAUUUCUUUGUCUUGCCAUAAUGUGUGUUUAUGCUGAUGAUGUAAUAGCACAAGAUCUUAGAACGGAUGAGAUGUUAUUACAUUUUAGCUCUUUAGCUAUGUAUAUGGAUGGAAAUCUUAUAUUAAGAAAGGCGAGAGGUUUACUACAUCAUUUUCGUCGCCUUGAUCGUUUACCAUGCACAUUAGCAGGACUUUGCCGACAAUGUGGUCCAGGAAUGUGGGAUAGCACUCAUGAUCCUGUUAUAGAAUGUGUGGAUCAUAAUGAUGCACCUUGUCCAUAUUUAAGCAAUUAUGAAUAACGACCUAAAUUUAAUGAAAGUGAUAAAAGUAUACUAUUGUUAAAGCUUUCAAAUUAUUCUUAUGUUAAUUAAUUAAAUUAAAUACACUGUAACGAUUACAUGUAACACAAAUAAGUUACAUAAAUCACAGUUAAUUAAAUGUUUCAAGUAAAAACAGAUAUUAAUGAAAGUAAUAUUUGACUUACAUAUUGUUUGUACGAAAAAAUUCUUAAUCAAUUUAAUAUCAUAAACAAAAAAUUAUAUAUUAUUACAUUUUAUUUACAUAACUACGUAAUUUAUAAAAGCUUAUCCAAAAAUAUCUGACAGAUUAAGUUUAAUAAAUAAGAAAUGAAAGACAUAUCUUAAAAUUUGACAUUCAAUGAAGUUAAAUGUAAUUUGAAGAAGAUUUUAAUAACAACAUAUUAACUUCUAUAAAACAAAAGUAUUCCAAACUAAAUAAUUAAGUAAAACUUCAAUGAUUAUGACGAGUUUUAAUCGAAAACCUGUAGUACAAUUAAAGACUGAUGACCAAAGAAAAAUGGAGUAAUACAAGCAUUUUAGCUUUAAAAUCUCCAAAUAAACAAGCUUUUUCAUUACAUAAACAUUAUUGUUAUUUAUUUAUUGUUAAUUGGAAAUCCUGUUUUUUCGUUUCGUACAAAUUUUGCAAUCUGAAAAUAAAAAAUUAAUCUAAUAUCAACAAAAAAAUUAAAUGUAAUUUAAUGUAUUAUAUAAAUAUUUAUUGUAAGUCCAUUCAAAUUUCUUGGUCAAUUAAUGAUGCACGUGUUCACUUUGGGGUAUUCAUUAUUGUGAUAUUUUUAAUAUUUUUUCUACGAAACAAGUUUCAAUUUAUUAUGUAUAUAAUGUAUUAUGUUUUAUUAUAUUUUGAAUUCUUAUAUAUAACAUUUUUGGUAAUUUUAUUAUGGUAACAUUGAUUUAUAUAAAGAAGUGAUAUAAAUGUAUCUUGCUCAACAAUUUUUCUUUUUAUUCUGAUAACCCAAAGUGUUUUUAUGCUAGUCUACUUGCUCAUAAAAAUAUAUAAUUGAAGACAUAAUUCUUUCUAUAUUUCAAAUUUAAUCUUUUUGGUAUAAAAUAGAUGCAUCAUUGUAAUGAAUGUAUACAGAUUGUAUACAGUAUAUAUAAUUAUUUGUAUGAUAUCUUAUAACUUAAAUAAAUAAACUUUAAAAAUUAUUCAUAAUCAAUAGAAAAUUAUAAAGAUUUCAUACAAAUAAUAUAAUGCUUUUAUUGUGCCACCUUAUGUUGUUAGACUAUUAUAGAGAAAUCUAUUCGUGUUAAAAUUUGUUCUGCUAAGUUUAAUUGAAUAUAAUAUACAACUAUGAAUAAAUAGAAAUAUGUAUGUACAUAUAAAAAUAAAUCAAAGUAAGCUUAUGUAA